AUGAUGCAGAGCGCGGGGAGCGGCUGCGGGCUAAGCGGGGCGGAGAGCGCGGCGGGCGGCGGCGGCAUCACGCUGGAGGAGCUGGAGCGGCUGGGCCUCGAGGAGGACGAGGACGAGGAGGGGGAGGCGGGGGUAGAGCAGGAGCGCCUCCUCGCCUUCUGGCAGGGCGUGGGCAGGGGCCACCGCGUGGAAGUCCCCCCCGAUAUGGCCCAGCCAAUCCAGCAGCUGACGAGAAAUAACCAUUCCCAGGAGAGGGAGACUGUGCCAUUUACUGUGAUAAGCCGUAAAGAAAAGUCCGGCAAAGUGCUUUACGAGAAAAGGCGUUAUGAAAAGGGCAAGUGGGCUUGCGUCAAAGUGGAAGAAGAGCUGUACGAGCAGAGUGUCUGCCUCGGAUUCAUGAAGAUCAUGAGAUACAUUUGCGAAGAGAACUCCUCAGAGCUGUACUUGGGGAUGACCGUUCCCAUCGUGACCAUAAUUCACACCAGUGAAUCCACAUCGGAUAUCACCAGCUUUGUGACGGUGGCCUACUACCUCCCUGGAGGGCUGCAAGAUCAGCCGCCGGAGCCCCGGGACCCCGACAUCGUCAUUGAAGAAUGGCCUCCGGCCAUGGUUUAUGCCAGGGGCUUCAGAGGAGCUACGAAUGAAGAUUCGAUCGCAAGAGAAAUCCGCCUGCUGGCAGAACUUCUGGAAAGCCCCGAGCUGUGCUUGCAAGACACUUUCAUAAUUGCGGGAUACACCAACCCAGCCGCCGCUGUACGGCAGAACGAAAUAUGGUUCCUUGAGAGACCGUAA